UGCUUACAAUUUACGCGAUUUUUAUUCCCAACUAAUUAAAGGCUGAAAUGGAAAAAUUGGAAGCUCUUAAAAUAUCCUCAAUGCGUCCACGCAGUAACAUACUGGAUCGACCCCUGUCUAAAGGAAAGUCUGAGGUCUCGCAGAGUAUAGUGGCGCUUCUAUUCAGCGAAAUUGUCCAGUAUUCUCAAUCCCGUGUUUUUACUGUGCCAGAGCUACAAUCUAGGUUACACGAACUUGGACAGGAUGUAGGGACACGAAUCAUUGAUUUGUACUUUGUGCGUGAACGCAGUUCCAAACGUGAAACAAAGCUGACACAAAUGUUGCUGUUUGUCAAGACGACAGUCUGGAAAAAUCUGUUUGGGAAGGAGGCCGAGAAGCUGGAGCAUGCCAACGAUGAUGAGCGCACGUACUACAUCAUAGAGAAAGAGCCCCUGGUUAACACAUUUAUAAGCGUGCCGAAAGACAAGGGCUCCCUCAAUUGUGCCAAUUAUUCAGCUGGUAUUGUGGAGGCGGUGCUAACACAUUGUGGAUUUCCCUGUAAGGUCACAGCUCAUUGGCACAAGGGCACAACCUACAUGGUCAAGUUCGAGGACUUUGUAAUAGCGCGCGAUAAGCAAAUGGAGGAGAAAUAAACGUAUUAUUUUUAAA